AUGUGCAAUAGUUUCAGCAACACCAACAACUCUAACAACAACAACACUCGCAUCAACGUUGCUUACUUCAACAACAGCAACAACAACAACAGCAACAACAACAACAACUUUGAUGACGACGACGACGAGAAAGACGUCGACUCGAUGAAAAAAUUGUUAAGCGAUAAAGCUACGACGACCUCAGCUACAGCUGCUGUGAUGACCUCAGCAGCUGUGACCUCAGCAGCCGUUUCUUCGUCAGCUGUGGCCUCGUCAGCCGUGACCUCUCCAGCAGCUCAGCAGCAGCAGCCGCCAUCGUCGUCGUCAUCUUCCUCACCGUUUCACGUGCCUUUGUUGAAAAUUAAGGAGUCGAAGACCGCCGAC